AUGAGGCUUCCAUCUUCAUUAGACAUCCUUCUCGCCAGACAGGCAGUUGGCGGUGCUGAGGUUGAUAACAACGCACCACCCCCUGACCUGACCACACUCCCUGAGAACUCGCUGUUCGAGACUUGGAGACCCAAGAUCCAUGUUCUGCCCCCAAACGGCCAGAUCGGUGACCCAUGUGCCCAUUACAAUGACCCUGCGACGGGCUUGUUCCAUGUCGGAUUCCUCCACAAUGGAACCGGCAUUUCCAGCGUCUAUACCGAUGACCUGGUGACCUACCGUGAUAUCAACCCUAACGGGGGCUACAUCAUUGUUGCUGGCGGCCCCAAUGACCCCGAAGCCGUCUUUGAUGGAUCUGUCAUCCCCAGCGGAAUCGAUGACCUGCCUACGCUCCUUUAUACUUCCGUGACAUCUCUGCCAAUCCACUGGACUCUCCCUUAUACCCGUGGAAGCGAGACCCAGUCACUGGCUGUAUCUGACGACGGUGGCCACCAGUUCGAUAAGCUUGACCGAGGCCCGGUCAUUCCGGCUCCGCCAGAAGGGCUCGAUGUUACAGCCUUCCGCGACCCAUUUGUGUUUCAAAACCACGAGCUAGACGAAGCUGCUGGUAGUAACCCAGAUACAUGGUAUGCCGCCAUAUCCGGGGGAGUCAAAGAUGUAGGACCCGGAAUCUUUAUCUACCGCAACCAAGACCCCUCCUUUGAGAACUGGGAAUAUCUAGGCGAGUGGUGGCAAGAACCCGCCAACUCGACCUGGGGCGACGGCACUUGGGCCAAACGCUGGGGAUACAAUUUCGAAACCGGCAACGUUUUCUCUCUUGAUCGAGAAGGGUACAAUGUUGACGGCCACACGUUCAUUACCAUUGGCGUUGAGGGUGCAUACGCGCCUAUUGAGCCCUCGGUUACAUCUAUGCACGCCAUGUUGUGGGCAGCGGGAGACGUUUCCUCAGGGAAUGGCGGAAACGUUUCAUUCACGCCUUAUAUGGCCGGUGCUUUGGACUGGGGAACGGCCGCAUACGCCGCAGCUGGAAAGGUUCUACCCAGCACAUCUCAGGCUUCUCAGAAGAGUGGAGCGCCAAACCGCUUCAUCUCGUGGGUUUGGCUCACAGGCGAUGAAUUUGGUGCUGCCGCUGGAUUCCCUGCUGCUCAACAGGGGUGGCAGAAUACUCUCCUGCUCCCGCGUGAACUGAGUAUACACACAAUCCCCAAUGUGGUUGACAAUGAACUCGUCCACGAGACUGCUUCCUGGCGCGUAGUGGAGAAUGACGGGGAGAGAAGAUCUGGUGUCGAGCUGGAGACACUGGGGAUCAAUAUUGCGAGGGAGACCUACGAUGCAAUCAUCUCCUCUUCGACCUCGUUUGAGGAGCCUCCGCGAGACAUAAGUGCAUCCGACACCAUUCCAUUUGAGCGCUCGCCUACUAGCAGGUUCUUCGCCCUUGAAGCCCAAAUCUCCUUUCCCAAGUCUGCGCGAGACUCUGGAGUCCAAUCCGGAUUCCAGAUUCUUGCUUCCGAGCUGGAGUGGACGACCAUCUAUUAUCAGUUUUCGAAUGAGUCGAUUGUCAUUGACCGUAACCACACAAGUGCUGCAUCCGAGACUACACCUGGUCUCGGUACUGUCACUGAGUCGGGCCGUAUCCGACUUUUCGAUAUCGCAGGUCGUUGCGAUGAUGAUGGACAUGGACACGAUGGACACGAUGGCGGCCAUGAUGAUGGCCACAACGGUGAUGGUGACCAUAACGGCGACGGUGAUCACAAUGAUGAUGGUGACCACAAUGGUGAUGAACAAAAGGGUGAUGACCACAAUGAGGAUGGUAACGGCGAUGGCAAGGAGCAUGCUCGCUACGAAAAGCGAAAUGGCUCCUGCGAUAAAGGCCACGAUGAGAUUGAGACAUUGGAUCUCACCAUUGUCGUCGAUAACUCAGUGCUUGAAGUUUACGCCAACUCACGAUUUGUUGUGUCGACCUGGGUUCGACCUUGGUAUACCAAUUCGACGGAGAUUCGCUUCUUCCACAACGGCGAGGGCGAGGUCAGCUUUGGCAACAUUACGGUGCACGAUGGUCUGUAUGAUGCGUAUCCAGACAGGGACAACUGA